AUGUGGGCCACGGCAUUUUUGGCCAUCGCCGUUGUUGUCUGUGCCGUGAGUAGCGACAGAAGUUCGGAGGACAAGGGCCGCGUUGAAUUGCAGCGAGCGCGUGAAUUGUCACAGCAGCCGCGUUAUGGCCAGUGUUGGUCUCGAGCGCGGGAGAAAAUACAGUCGAGCUGCAAAGAGUUCAGUGAUGAUGUGCAGAGCAAGAUCGCCUUGUCCUUCACGUACUGCCACCUGCAAAGGUCGGGUCGUAGUUUCCCAGAGUGCCCUGAAGAGAGUGAUGUCAAAACCUGCACCCAAGACAUGGAUCCUGUGGCCUUCAACACCUACACUGAGUGUUUUACCCAUGCACACAGUAUAUGUCAUUACUUACAGAGUGAGCGCUGGCAACAAAGAUCUGAGAACACCAUUCACAGGUUGACUGAGAGUUCAGCGGGGGUUGCGGAGCAGUUGGCCUCCACCCAGCGAAUGGCAGAAGAUCUGAUCGUGGUCCAAAGUGCCGCGCUCAAAUCCCAGGAAAGCAUCCUUCGUAAUGGAGAGGAGCUCAAGAGCACCCUGCAGGACUCAACUCAAGGCCUGAGAGAUGUGUUUGCGGAGAUGAGGCAUUCUGUGCAGGAGCAGCAGGUGGCAUUUGCGGAAAUCUUUAACCGUGUAGCUUUCCUUCAGAGCUUCAUUAUGACUGAAACGCACACGUUUAGUUCCCUCUUCUACAACACCCUGGGCUUUGGCGCCUCUUUUCUUCUGACUUCUGUCCGGCGCACAGCUGGAGCAAGGUUUUUCCUUUUUGGACUUGUGGCUUUGAAUGUAUACCUCGAAAGGAUGAUCUGUAAGACGGUUUUGGAAAAUGAGGACCAUGGUUUUCAACAGAUGGAGAAAAUCGCCUUUUCAGUUGGUCUUCUCAGAAAAACCAUGGUUCUAACUGGAUGCCUUGUUCUGCUGUACUUCGCUCUGCGCUACAGGAAUAUCAGCCGAGAGAGUCUUGAAAUUCUGAGGGAGCUCAAAGAGACUCACUGUGAUCUUCAGCAGGCCUUGCAAAAAGUAGAAUGUCUCUCGGCAUCUGUGGAUGAAUGGAAGAGGUCCAGACAAAAACGUUGCCAGAGUCAGUGGGAAGAGAGAGAUGACAAUUUAGUUGUUCUGCAUCCCUCUAGCGUUGUGAAUGCGGCCCUGUCCACAUUCUCUGCGUCUCCUGACACCAGACAUUAUGAGACACAAAGCACCUCAGAAGCCCUGAAGAAACGUCAGCAGUGUACAUCAGGGUCUCGUUCACGGACGUCUUCUGUCACGGUCUACAGUGUGCUGGUGGAUGAUAAUAAGCCGAGGUAUAGCCUGAGAAGUCGGAAAUCUUUGUGUGGUCCAGAAGUUAGCAGACUGAAGGACUGAUGCAGAAUAUCA